AUAGCCCAUAGCCCAAUAGCCAAGCCAGGGUGGGGGGUUUGUCUUCUCCGCGUGUUGCUGUUGCUGCUGCUGGUGCUGUCUCUGUCUCUGAACGUUAACGUUCGAAGCCGGUGGAAGGCUACUCCACCUUCAGGGCCACGAAAAGCAAUUUGCUGUAAUCACAAACCACCUUCAUUUCUAUUGGUUGCUUCUCCUCACUCCACUCCUCUUCAGUACGCAACGCAUACGCAGGCAGGCAGGCAGGUCGCUGAUUCCUUGCACUUGUUUUUGCUCUGAUCUCUUCGAUUCUACUAUUUUAUUUUGCGGCGUGUGUUGUGAGAAGGAUCAACAUAUCAGUAUACCCACAUAGCGGAAUCAAGAUCAUUGUCGUCGAUACAUAUGAUUUUUUGCGGUUUACAUUACGGUGAUAGCCUCGACGUCAAAACAUGGCUAAUAUUCAGGAUAUUGCUACAUCAGCUUUUAUCAAUACCCUAUCUGCUUUAGCAUUUCUUCUAGGCUUCGCCUUCUUGCGACUCCAACCAAUUAAUGAUAGAGUUUACUUUUCCAAAUGGUACAGAAAGGGUAUACGAGCAGAACCUAAACGUUCUGCUUCUGUCAAGAAAUUUGUGAAUUUAGAUUUCAGGGCAUAUUUAAAGUUUUGGACUUGGAUGCCUGAAGCACUGAGAAUGCCAGAACCUGAACUGAUAGAUCACGCAGGGCUGGACUCUGUUGCUUAUAUUCGAAUUUAUCUUCUUGGGUUGAAGAUCUUUGUCCCUAUAGCUAUACUUUCUUUUGCUAUAUUGUUUCCUGUUAAUUGGUUUGGGGAGACACUGAAGAACAUCAAAGAUUUGACAUAUAGUAAUAUUGACAAGCUUUCUAUAGCCAAUGUUCCUUCAGGAUCCAAAAGGCUUUGGGCACAUGUGAUAAUGGCAUAUGUUGUCUCAUUAUGGACUUUUUAUGUCCUUUACAAAGAAUACCAGAUCAUAUCUACCAAGAGGCUUCAAUUCUUAGCUGGUGCAAAGCGUCGUCCAGAUCAAUUCUCUGUUCUUGUGAGAAAUAUUCCUCCUGAUCCUGAUGAAUCAGUAAGCGAGCACGUGGAGCAUUUCUUUUGUGUAAACCAUCCUGAUUAUUAUCUCAUGCAUCAGGUUCUAUAUGAUGCAAACAAUCUUGCAGGGUUGGUGGAGGAUAAGAAGAGUUUAAAGAAUUGGCUUACUUACUAUGAAACACGAUUUGAGAGAAAUCCCAAAAAGAGACCGAGAACACGGACAUGUUUGUUGGGCCUUUUUGGGAAGUCUGUGGAUGCCAUUGAUUACUACAAAACAGAGAUUGAGAAGGUAAUAAAAAAGGAAGCUGCAGAAAGGGAAAAGGUCAUUAAUGAUCCCAAAGCCAUACUCCCUGCAGCCUUUGUCUCCUUCAAGUCUCGAUGGGGAGCAGCUGUUUGUGCUCAAACUCAACAAGCACACAAUCCAACUUUGUGGUUGACUGAAUGGGCUCCUGAACCACGUGAUGUUUUCUGGAACAACCUUGCAAUACCUUAUGUUAGCCUCUCCGUCAGAAGACUGAUAAUUGCUGUUGCUAUGUUCUUUUUCACAUUCUUUUUCAUGAUCCCUAUAGCAUUGGUGCAAUCCUUGGCAAGCAUUGAUGGCAUCCAAAAGGUUCUUCCGUUCCUUAAAUCACUUAUUCAAAGGCCGCGUGCCAAGUCUUUUAUCCAGGGUUUUCUUCCUGGACUCAUACUGAAGAUAUUUAUGGCACUUGUUCCACAAAUUCUCAUGGCAAUGUCCAAAAUCGAAGGUCACAUAUCUAUAUCAUCUCUGGAGAGGAGGACUGCAGGAAAGUAUCAUCUAUUUGUACUUGUUAAUGUCUUCCUUGGAAGUAUUGUUGCAGGAGCAGCAUUCCAGCAGCUUCGAACGUUUAUCAAUCAGUCAGCAUCAGAGAUUCCAAAAACAGUGGGUGUUGCCAUGCCAAUGAAAGCCACAUUCUUUAUUACUUAUAUCAUGGUUGAUGGGUGGGCCGGUGUUGCUGCAGAGGUCAUCAGAUUGGUUCCGUUGGUCAUUUUCCAUCUGAAAAAUACAUUCUUGGUGAAGACAGAACUGGACAGGGAGGAAGCAACUGAUCCAGGCUCUCUUGCUUUUUACAUAACUGAACCUCGCACACAGCUCUACUUCUUGCUGGGGCUUGUCUACUCAGUGGUCACUCCUAUAAUCUUGCCUUUCAUCAUCGUCUUCUUUGCCUUUGCCUAUGUAAUUUAUCGGCAUCAGAUCAUCAAUGUGUAUGAUCAGAAAUAUGAGAGUGCAGGCAAGUUUUGGCCGGACGUGCACCGGCGCGUGGUUACAGGCCUGGUGAUAUCACAGUUUCUGCUGUUGGGACUUCUGAACACGAAAGAUGUUCCGCAAGCAACCCCAAUAUUGCUGGUACUACCUGUUUUGAGCAUGUGGUUUUAUCAUUUGUGCAAGGGGAGGUUCGAGUCCAUAUUCAUGAAGUUCCCUCUGCAGUCUGUAAAACAAACAGGAUGCAAUGAUGAAAGACACGAUAGAGAAGGCGACAGAGGGCAACUUCAACCUGAAGGGGUACCUGAAAGAUGCCUACGUGCACCCGGUGUUCAAAGAUGCAACAACAGAAGGGUGGCAUCCCAGGGGAGUAGGGAUGGGAGAUGGUGGUGGUGGUGGUGGUGAUGACGUGGAGAGUCUGGUGGCCACAACCCGGGCAGGUAGUAGUCGUAGUCAUCGUAGUAAAAUGGGGUCAGAGGAACAGUUCUCCCCGGUUUAGGAGAAGAAGAAGAAGGCAGAGUGGGUUGGAUUGAUUUGUUUUUUGAUUACGAUUGGUUGGACAAUGGAUGGAUGGACAUUCAUUAAAUUAGGACUCAAGUAGGAGGAGGAGUGAGGUGAGGUGAGGUGAGGUGAGGUGUGUGGGCUGCUCUGCUCUGUUGGUUCAAUUCAUUCUUUGUUGUUGUUGUUGUUCAGAGAGGGAUUGCGUCUGAAUGAUCACAUAUAUAUGUAUCCAUUCAUUUCCAUCACACAGGUCAAGCAGCAGCAGCAGGGAAAGGUAGGGAGUGCGAGUGACCGUGAUCUUUGUGCGUGCGUGUGUGAAAUAGGUCUCUGUCUAAGUGGGGCAAACAAGCAAUUGUACUAAUACUUAUUUAUUGUUAUCAUAGAUGAUCCAUCUCCUCCUGUA